AUGGCCACAUCUCCUCUUGCUCGAUAUGAAUCUUUCUUAAUCUCCAAUGCAUCGACUAUAUCCACAAUCGAGUCCAGCCUGAGGUCUUUGACAUGGUUCUUGCCGGGGCGGUUUCGAGACGCGGAGCUGGCAUCCGAGGCUUUGUCUGCUACACUCAAUCUACUCAGCUUGUAUCAUGAUACGCUGCUGGCGAGGCGUAUGGAAUUGGACCCGAAGGCCAAGCCCAUUCUCCCACCAUCUGUUCACUCACGAUAUACGCGAGCGUGGGCCAAGUGCGAUAGCCGAUAUCGUUGGGCGGCACGACUGCUCGAGAUUGUGCGAUUUGUGGAGUUGGUGGUCGAGAUGGGAAUGAGGAGGAAGUUCAAGAAACGGACGGCAUGGAAGGGCAUAUUUGCGCUGGAGACUAUAAAAGCGGCCCUUCGCUUGUUCCUCCUAAAACUUACUCGACGACCGGUUCUCUUGCCCCCUAUCCCAGAGCGUGAGAUCGAUCCAGCAGCCAUGUCCCUCGACCCUCUCACCGAACCGGUGAACGAAUCAUCCACUCCCCCACGCACACCAGAUCACAUCAAGAAUAAUCGUCAUGCACUUCCUAGUCCUCUGCUCACUCCGCCCAAAGGUGGGGCAAAGCCCAUGGCAAUAGAAGAUUAUCUUAUGAGCAAGGCUUUGAGCACAGAUGACUUGCGUGCACCCACGAGGCUGAUGGACAUCUUAAUCUCACCACGCGAUUGGUUAGCCGAGCUUCUUUUCAUCGCACGGCCCUUGGUAUAUGGCAAGUGCCUUUCCCCUGCCCCUGUGCACACUGAUGGCCAGACGAAACUAACCCGUUACAUUAGUUUAUUUGCUGUCUCGAACCUACGGCGAGUUCCUCCUCCGUCUUCUCAGCUCGAGCGCGCAGAGUACGCUAGGCGUGAUCGCGAUCUCCUUUGGUACUUCUUCCGUGGGGCUAUUUGGUCCGAGUGGACCAGGCCAAAACUCGAUGCCGUUGCUAAAAAGACACAAGACGCACCUUUACUAGGUCUCCUCAGUGCAUUUAUUGGGGACUGGGUGCCCUUGAUCGACGAAUACUAUUACUCGACCAGCUCCUUCCGCUAUCCAUACGCUAUCCAUAUGUCCGAAAUACUAGCCGACUCGAAGUACUCCCCUGCUACUAUUGUGGGUGGAAGAAGAGUUUCUUUCUCUCGUAAACCACAACCAAGGCAUGUCUCUCCUACCACCAAUGAGCCAGAGCCCGCCGAACCACAAGGCUACCCUCGGCCCCCUCCACCGCCUACAUUUGCGGCCGAACAUGGUCUUCCAAUUGAACCUCAAAUCGAACACAGAGGGGCAUACGCCGUCCCGCCCAACGGACGCGGAGCCCCAAGUACUUCACCAAAGACCUCGUUCAUGCAUCUUCACAAAUCAGAGCUGGGUCACCGUUGA